UGAGGCGGCGGCGGCGGCGGCGGCUGAGGCGGCUGUUGGGGGCGCUCGCGGCGCUGCUCGCGAAGAUCUGCCAAGAUGUCUGGCCACAGCUGGAGCCAGAAGACGAAAGCAAGGGGGCAGGAGGAGGAGGAGGAGGAGGAAGACCCUUUUGACCAGAUGAUCCAGCGCACCGGCUGCGCCACUUUCCAUUAUGCUGUGAUGGAGUGCAUGGCAGAGCACCAGGACUGGCGGAAGUGCCAGGAGCAAGUGCACAGCUUUAGGACCUGCAUGGCGGAACAUCAGAAGCAGAGGGCAGAAGAGAGGCAGAGGCUGCACCAGCCCACCAGCUGACUGAAGGGAAGAGAAGCAGGGAAUUUGCCUGCUGGACUCAAAGGCUGCAGAGAUACCAGAGCCCAGCAGUGCUGGCCGCUGAUUCAGAAAUGUAGAAAGAGCCUGGUUUUUGUAGACAAAGAUGCUGUACUGUCAGACCCGUUAAUGUAAUAAUGGCGUGAAAUUCUUUUUUGCUUUCAACAGGAAAAAUGUGAAGUUUCCUGCCAAAAUGAA